GCCGCAGGAAAGACUUGGCAGUAGAAACAAUUGCAACUUGAAGGUGUGUUAGUAGUGGAUGUUUAUCUGUACACAUACCUAUUUGCAUAGUUAUCAGUUCUCCUAGCGUAUACUAUUUCAUCCUACAGAUCUAGCGAGUCUGGUAGCCAAGGCUAGGAAGCGGACAGUUUUGUGAUCAUCCAGAAGGCUUGACAUGGGACAAUAGAUCCAUAUCUAAAACAACACCAUGCCGACAGCCGAUAAGAACAUCACAUAUUCCGACAAGUACUGUGAUGAGAUCUACGAGUACCGUCACGUUACUCUUCCAAUGGACCUUGCUCAAAAUACACCGAAGGACAGGCUUAUGACUGAGUCGGAGUGGCGAAAACUGGGGAUUCAACAGUCCCGAGGAUGGGAGCACUAUAUGAUACACAAACCAGAACGACACAUGAUCAUGUUCAGACGAGAACACCACCUGUCAAACAACCCUAUGAUCUAGCUCAGUGAUGAGAGCAACCUGCGGAGGUAUAAAGUCAAUACCUCAUUAAAGGAAUGGGUUCUUUUGUGAUUUUGGGACGAAAUGCGACUUCGAACACCCUGCCGAUAGGGAACAAGACUUGAAAUGGAGACAGCAUUCGAGGUUUUGGAGGUGGAAAGGGAAACGAGGCAUCAUGUGCGCGGUAAUAUGGCCGAAGAUAGCAUUUGACCUCUUUCUGUGUUUGUGAAUCGCUUUUGAGCCGGAAAAAGAUGUCCUUCUGCAAAACACUUACGAAAAUUGGAAGACUGAGAGUAGAUCAGGGCCGUCUCGUAACAGUACAGAGGCAGCUUACGGCAUUAAACUGCGAGAUUGUUGAUUCUCAGAAUAAUAUAUUUAAUAUAUG